AUGGCUGACAAGCAGGAGACGUUUGGUUUUGCCGCUGAUAUCAGUCAGUUGCUGGACUUGAUUAUCAACACAUUCUACAGCAACAAGGAGAUUUUCCUUCGUGAGCUGAUUUCCAAUGCAUCAGAUGCUUUGGAUAAGGUCCGCUAUCAGGCGCUGACAGACCCAAGCGUCCUCGACAAUGAGAAGGACCUCUACAUUCGCAUCACACCAGACAAGGAAAACAAGGUCCUGUCUAUCCGUGACACUGGUAUUGGUAUGACGAAGGCCGAUCUUGUAAACAACAUCGGCACCAUCGCCAAGUCUGGUACAAAGGCAUUUAUGGAGGCCCUGAGUUCCGGUGCCGACAUCAGUAUGAUCGGUCAAUUUGGUGUGGGCUUCUACUCGGCCUACUUGGUCGCCGAGCGCGUGCAGAUUAUCACAAAGAACAAUGAUGACGAACAGUAUGUCUGGGAGAGUGCUGCCGGUGGCACGUUCACCAUCACGCCUGACACGAGCGGCCGCUCGAUUGGUCGCGGCACUGAGCUUCGUCUGUUCAUGAAGGACGACCAGCUUGAGUACCUCGAAGAAAAGCGCAUCAAGGAGAUUGUGAAGAAGCACUCUGAAUUCAUCUCGUACCCUAUCCAACUGGUUGUUACGAAGGAAGUCGAGAAGGAAGUUGAUGAGCCUGAAGCUGAGACGGCUGACGAGGAGAAGAAGCCUAAGAUCGAGGAGGUCGACGAUGAAUCAGCUGACAAGAAGAAAAAGAAGGUCAAGGAGACUGUGAAAGAAAACGAGGAGCUCAAUACAACAAAGCCAAUUUGGACACGCGAGCCCAAAUCUAUUUCGAAUGAGGAGUACGCCUCGUUCUACAAGAGCCUUACAAAUGACUGGGAAGAUCACCUGGCUGUGAAGCACUUCUCUGUUGAAGGUCAACUUGAGUUCAAGGCUCUUCUCUAUGUUCCAAAGCGUGCUCCGUUCGAUAUGUUCGAGUCGAAGAAGAAGCGUAACAAUAUCAAGCUGUAUGUGCGCCGGGUCUUUAUCACCGAUGACUGCGAGGAACUGAUCCCUGAAUACCUUAACUUUGUCAAGGGUGUCGUUGAUUCAGAAGACUUGCCGUUGAACAUUUCUCGUGAGACCCUUCAGCAGAACAAGAUUUUGAAGGUCAUUCGGAAGAAUGUUGUCAAGAAGACCCUCGAGAUGAUCUCUGAGUUGGCUGAAGACAAGGAGAACUUCGCUAAGUUCUACGAGGCCUUCGGCAAGAAUAUCAAACUCGGUAUCCACGAAGACGCGACGAACCGAGCCAAGCUUGCAGAGUUCCUUCGGUUCCACUCGACGAAGAGUGGUGACGAGAUGACGAGCUUGGCCGAUUACAUUACUCGUAUGCCUGAGAUCCAGAAGAACAUCUACUUCCUCACGGGCGAAAGCCUUGCUGCCGUGAAAGACUCUCCGUUCCUGGAGGUGCUAAAGAAGAAGGGCUUUGAGGUUCUCUUGAUGGUAGACCCGAUCGACGAGUACGCCGUAACACAGCUCAAGGAGUUUGAGGGUAAGAAGCUUGUGUCCGUCUCGAAGGAGGGUCUUGAGCUUGAGGAAUCGGACGAAGAGAAGAAGCAGCGUGAAGAAGAAGCGAAGAAGUUUGAAGAGCUGACGAAGUCGAUCAAGGAUAUUCUUGGCGAGAAGGUUGAGAAGGUAACUGUGUCGAACCGUAUUGUCGGCUCCCCAUGUGUUCUUGUAACUGGUCAGUUUGGAUGGUCAGCCAACAUGGAACGAAUCAUGAAGGCUCAGGCUCUCCGUGACACUUCGAUGUCGCAAUACAUGGCUUCGAAGAAGACGAUGGAAAUUAACCCUCACAAUGCGAUCAUCAAAGAGCUCGCCGCCAAGGUUGCGAAUGACAAGAAUGACCCUACUGUUCGCGACCUGACAAUGCUCCUGUACGAGAGCUCGCUUCUGACUUCUGGCUUCUCGCUUGAACAGCCUCAGGACUUCGCGAACCGCUUGUUCAAGCUUAUUAGUCUUGGUCUCUCCAUCGACGAUGCCGACACGCAGCCAGAGACUGUUGAGGAAUCGAAGAGUGAUGAGCCGGCGGGCGAGUCGGCCAUGGAGUCGAUUGACUAA